AUGGCAUUCAUGUUUCUGAUCCCACUGGCGAUUGUAGCAUUUGCCGUCUUCAAGCUGCGGAAUGUCGGUCGACGGCCCAAGAACUAUCCCCCAGGGCCUCCUACAUUACCACUCAUUGGCAACUUGCACCAAAUUCCACCGAAGCAAUCGCAUCAUCAGUUCAAGGAAUGGGCUAAAGAGUAUGGCCCAGUCUACUCGCUCAUUCUCGGCACCAAAGUCAUGAUCGUGCUCUCGUCCGACCGGGCAGUCAAGGACCUCUUGGACAAACGCAGCAACAUCUACUCCUCUCGCACAGAUCUCUACCUCGGAAAUGUAGUCAGCGGCAACCUCCGCGUCGUCAUGAUGCAAUACGGCGAAACAUGGCGCAUGAUCCGAAAGAUAUUCCACCAAGUCCUACACAUCAACGCCGCCAAGGGCUACGUCCCAUACCAAGACCUCGAGAGCAAACAGAUGCUGUCCGGCUUCCUCGAAGAGCCGGACUCCUUUGUCGAUCAUAUCCGCCGAUUCACGACCUCACUGACGACGCAAAUGGUGUUUGGUUUCCGUACGACGAACAUACACGACGAGAAGCUGAAGAGGCUGUACCACUGCGUCGAGAGGUGGAGCGAGGUCGUGGGUUCCUCUGCGGCUGCUCUCUUAGACGUGUACCCGCCCCUGAGGAACCUCGGCUUCAUGUCGCCUGGGAAAAGAUACGCCGAGGCGCUGCAUAAGGAAGAGAGAGCUCUUUAUGUCGGACACUGGAUGGAUGCGAAGGAGCGUGUUGUCACAGGCACGGCAAAGCCCUGUUUCUGCAUGGGCAUCGUCGAGAGCCAAAAGACUCUCGGUUUCUCAGACGCCCUUGCCGGCUACAUCUCCGGGUCCGCUCUCGAAGCUGGAUCAGACACCACCGCCUCCACGCUGACCGGCUUCGUCCAGGCCAUGGUCCUGCACCCCUCCGUACAGAAGCAGGCCCAGGAAGAACUGGAUCGCGUCUGCGGUACCGAUAGACUUCCGACCAUGGACGACUGGGACUCCAUGCCCUACAUACGGGCGUGUAUCAAAGAGUCCCUGCGCUGGAUGCCGACCGCGAUCCUCGGCCUACCGCACGCCGUCAUACAGGACGAUGAGUACAUGGGCUACAAGAUCCCCAAGGGCGCGGGCGUCAUGCUGAAUGUCUGGGCGAUCAACAUGGACGAGAACCGGUUCGAGAAUGUCCGCGCUUUUGAUCCCUCUCGCUACAAAGACGACGAGCAGAACUCAUUCGAGUCGGCGAUGAAUGGUGACCCGUCGAAGCGCGAUCACUACGUCUUUGGCGCUGGCCGGCGGCUUUGCCAGGGAACGCAUAUCGCUGAUCGAUCACUGUUCCUGAGUAUUUCGAGGUUGCUGUGGGCUUUCGACCUUGAGAAGGCAGUUGAUGCUGAAGGUGUUGAGAUUACCCCGGACGCGGAUGACCUCACUGACGGGUUUUUGGUCCAGCCGAGACCGUUCCCUGCGAAGAUUACGCCGAGGAGCGAUGCUCAUGUGCAGGUUAUCCGGAUGGAGUGGGAAGCGAGUCAAGCCUUUCUGGAUGAGAGUAAGCAGUGGAAAGAGAUCCCGAGCGGAAUGGUUUUCGAGUCUUUGGUGUCGUCGGAUUUCAAAUAG